AUGGUUUGGCUGAUGCAGGAGUCUGGAGUCUUGUUUUGCAGUGGCCUCCUGCAGCCUUGCAUCACCGCAAGGUCCAUCCCACCAUUUUUUCGCGACACAAGCACGAUUUUCGUGCCGCCUGGGCUUAGCCGCUCACCCACCCUCACCCUUCGCUUUUUUCACUUCACCUCCCAGUGUACCGAGGCCGUCAGCCGCGUGCGUUCCGCACGGCACGAAAGGAGCUGUGGUGUAGGCGGCUGGGAGUUGGGUCAGGUGUCGGAGCGCCGAUUGCGAGCCCGCAGUCGGUUCUCAAGGGACCAAGGCUGCGAACUCCAGCCGUGGGAACUCGCGAUCAAUGCCGCUCGGUAUUCGUCCGCAUGCGACGUCGCGAGUACCGGUGGUGCAAGGUCCGUACUUCCUCAGGAGGCAUAUGAUGAGGUGGUCGCAGGUAAGACGAGCCUCCUCAAAGAGCACUUAUCGGAGAUGACGGAGGAGGAGAAUCAAGGCUGCCUGAAAGAGACGCUUCUGCGUGCUGUCUACGAAGGAAAAGACUUGGCCGUGAAGGCGUUGCUGGAGUUACGAGCCAAUCCCCUUGUCGCCGAUGGGCUGGCGCACACAGCCCUGCAUUGGGCUGCACGGCAGGGCCACGAGAGUAUUGCACUCGCCCUGAUCAAAGCCAAGGCCGUGGUACAAGCCGAGAACCGUGACCUCAUCACACCCCUGCACCUCGCGGCCCACAGCAACUCAGGAUCACUGGAUAUCAAGAAGGAGUGGCAUGAAACUGCACGAGCGGAGAAAGGAAGCCCCCGGGCCCAUGGCAAUCCUUGUCAUGGUGGCGCAGAGCGGAUGGUGUCCUACUACGCCCCAAAGGGGAAGGGCGGCGCUGAGCCAUUUGCGACCUACAGCCUGGAGGAGACACCGCCCGUGCCCGACGUGCCGAGCAGAAACACAGAGGAGCAGAGGUCCUCCUCCGCUUCAAGCUCGUCGGUCUCCUAUUACGGCUCCUUGGCGGGAAGGGGCCUAAAGAAGGCCUCCGUGGUGCUGUCUGCCACCGAUGCUGCUGUGCGCGGGGGGCAGUCUGGUUUGGAGAAUCUUCAGCGUCGACAGGUUGUUGGAUCGCUCCAGAUGGCAAGGAGCAUGGAGGAGCUGCAGGCUGUCAUUGAGACGAGGUUGCCGGAGAUGGACAACUUUGCAUGCUCUAUGGCAUUGCAUCGUUUGGCGCGCUGCAGCCACGACGUGGACAAUCAUGUCCAAAAUGGUCGGAUGGUGCGUCCUGAAGCAGUGAACCCGACACGCACGGCGCUUUCUCAGAGAGAGCAGCGUCUGUGGCGGGCCAGCCUCUCUGCCUCUGUGAAGCAGCAUCCAUCCUUUACCGUCCUGCUUGCUCGGCUGGGAAACGCGGACGCGCUGAAGCAGGCGCAGCCGCGCCAACUGGCCAACAUGUCUUGGGCCCUGGCGCGGCUGCGGGCUCUCGAGGGCCUUCCCCUCCUUCGGACCGCCGCCACGCGCUGCGCUAGUCGAGAGGGCCCAGGUGAGUGGGAUCCCAUGAGCAUCUCCCUCGUUCCCUGGAGCCUGGCCACCAUGGGCAUCCCAGAGCUCCACAGCGCAUCGGAGAUUCUGGACAUGGUUAGGUCCAUCAACACAGCCAUCCGCGAGCAAGGCAGUGCAGCGUGGGCACCUGGCGACCUCUCGCGUGUGUUGUGGUCGUGGGCGAAGUUGGCACAAAGGGAUGACACGUUCUUCCGCAGAGCGAGCUGCUUGAUCAUGUCACGCAUGCCGGAGUACACGCCCAGCCAGCUGGAACAGACCAUUUGGGCAUUUGCCAAAGUGGCGCCCCAGGACCUUGUGGCAGCAGCUUGA